UUUCUGUGAGUUGACUGGCUCCUCUCGCUCGUCCUGCCCUCCUCUGGACUGAAGCCUACUGGAGUCUGGAGUCUGGACUGUCGCCUCAGCUCUCGGAGCGCACACAGCUGCCCUUUGUCUCGCCAACGAUGUCUCCCCUCGUUGCGCGUCUGCUGCUUCUCGCCUGCUUGGUUUUGCCGCUUUAUUGCGUGGAAAAGGUGAAAAGUAGAGGAUACCGCAAAGAUCCCGAUGCUGAUAAGUGCACAGGAAAUGAUGCCGAAAAGCUCAACUGCACUAGUCGCUCUGGGGAAGAACGAUCGACUUAUGUGUACGGCAGCUGCCUUCAGGGCCCAGCAGGCGCCCCCGGUAGAGAAGGGAAUCCAGGGACCAACGGCAUUCCAGGGACCCCAGGCAUCCCCGGCCGCGACGGGUCCAAAGGUGAGAAGGGCGAGUGCGUGAACGAGAUCUUCGAGGAGCCCUGGAGGCCCAACUACAAGCAGUGCGCGUGGAACUCUCUGAAUUACGGGAUCGACCUGGGGAAAGUAGCGGACUGCACCUUCACCAAGCUGCGCUCAGACAGCGCGCUGCGAGUGCUCUUCAGCGGCUCCCUCAGGCUCAAGUGCAAGAGCGCCUGCUGCCAGAGGUGGUACUUCACCUUCAACGGAGCCGAGUGCACCGGACCGCUGCCCAUAGAGUCCAUCAUCUACUUAGACCAGGGGAGUCCUGAGCUCAACUCCACCAUCAACAUCCACAGAACGUCCUCAGUUGAAGGGCUGUGUGAAGGCGUCAAAGCUGGCCUGGUGGAUGUGGCCGUGUGGGUGGGGACCUGCGCAGACUAUCCCAGAGGUGACGCAUCCACAGGGUGGAAUUCAGUCUCCAGGAUUAUCAUCGAGGAACUGUCUAAGUGAAAAGAAGGAGGCGAGGGAGGGCCCAGCGCCGGUCGCACAGUAGUCUGUUAUCUGGCCGUCCAAAAUGAUCAGGUGUGGUUUCUGCUGGGACGCAGCACCAUCACUGAUGGUAACUUGAAUGUUGUUUUGUCGUGUUUAAUUCUACACUAGUUGACAGGCCAAUAAACAGGAUUACUGCGUCCCACAGAUGAACGUACUGUAGCUUCAGCUGCUUUUAGACAACAGCAGCUUUCAACAGAUAUUGUGUAAAAAUGUACCCACAUGAACUUUUUAUAUUCAAUAUUACUGUUAAUAAAUUGUUUGUAAAAGA